UACAGCAGCAGCAGCAGCGUUUUCUGCCAUGGAGAGAAAGGAGGAAACCUCCUCUUCGGCGUCGCCUGCAUGCAAAUAGACCUGACCGUGACAGAAAAAGGCUGGUUUACCACACUCAACUGGAACCGAACAAUUGACUUUGCGCGGAGGGGCGCUUUCCCUCGAACUUGAGCAGCAAGAGCUCAUCACUCAGAAUCUUCCAGAUCACAUCCAAAGGCUCAUACAGGUGACAAGUGCGCCCAACUUCACCGCACCGCCCGUACUGACGCGCACAGAGUGCGUUUGUCCAGAGGCAGUUCGCUGCGUGAGACCCGCCGCUCCUGUUCUGACAUUUCGCAGCGCUGCUGUGCACAUGCAUAGACUGUGCAUGUGUGGCAGCAUGACGCAUUUGCGCCUUUAGCCUUUUAAAAUAGUAAUAUAUAUUUUUAAGAGUGUGGAGAGUCGCGUUUUCGGACAAGUUUGGGUACUGAUUGGUAUGAUCGUCAUGUACGCAUGGGAUAACUUGCGCGUUUCUCUGUAGAGUGACACAGAGCUCAGCUCGGUGCUGAAGUUGGUUGGGAAUAAUAAUAACAGUACGUAGCGCAGAGGACGAAAGAGGACGAAACAGCUGAAUUUGCUGCCAGCAUCAUCAGCAUCUUCGUGUAAGGAAUCAAAACUGCGGGGGGACUGCUGCUCUUUACUCCUCUUCAUUUGGACACUUCCAGGUUUUUUUUUUUUUUCUUCUCUCUUGCAGAAGCAUCCAAGUGAAUUCCUGCUCGUGAAAGCACAGCUGCGUAAACUUGGCCAGAUCUGGUGACAUUGUAGCCUGUGUGUGUGUGUGUGUGUGUGUGUGUGUAUGUGUGUGUGUGUGUGUGUGUGUGUGUGAUAAGCAGCCUGGAUGGAUAUGCGGCUCACCGAGGGAAUUUGAAAAGCAAGGGGGGAUUACUAUCAGUCCCUCUUCUGUUAUAACCUCAAAAUGGAUGCCCACGACAGGCUUUGGAGAUGCAACUGGAUUAGCCACUCUUCCGCUGAUCUGCUUGACAUCUGAGCGGCGCAAGUGUUCAAAGUUUGGAUAAUCUAAAAGGCUGAAGGUGUAGAAUGCAGUCUGGAGUGAAGACGCUCUCCGCAGGUGGAGGUGCGUCACUCUGCUGCCUACUGCUCCUCUGGCUCAUCUACUCCCAUCUGCUCAGAGAGGGCCAGUUGGCGGUGGGAACCUGCGAGAUAGUGAUGCUCAACAGAGACAGCAGCGUUCCCAGGCGGACCAUCGCCAGGCAGACGGCCCGCUGCGCCUGCAGGAGAGGCCAGAUCGCCGGCACCACCAGGGCGAGGCCGGCCUGUGUAGAUGCGCGAAUCGUUCGGAGCCGUCAGUGGUGUGAGAUGGCUCCCUGCAUGGAGGGGGAGGUCUGCAGCCUCCUGUUCAACAGAUCCGGCUGGACCUGCACCAGGGGCAGUGGUCGCAUCAAGACCGUCACGCCUUUGCCCAAGGAGCCAUCGUAGGAUGCAGAGGAAAACAGCAAGUUCACUGACAUCCGUGUUAAUAAAGAAACCGAGGCCACUCACUACACCCAAAUAUUUUGCCCAUUCACCAGUGAGGCUCCCAAAACUUACAUCGACUCUGACCUUCAAUCAUAAUGAUAAUGAUAGUAAUUGAAAAACACACACACGCACACCUUCUCCAGUGACACGCCUGACAGCUUAAUGGGAGCAGCAUGGUAACAUCAGCAUUGGACUUUCAUCGAUACCAACUUCAUGGACUAAUCAUUGGAACAAAAUCCCCGUGAGGAACCCCAGAACAAGCAGCGGAAGAUUCAUCGCAGCAUUUGGCCCUUUUUUUUUUUUUUUCGUGUGUGUGUGUGUCUUUUUUGUCUGCAACUGCCCAAUCUGCAGGGGACGGCUCGUCGAGAUUCUUUUUAUACCUUUGUGGCUUGAUUUAGGCUUGUCACAAGGCCUUUCAAAAGUCAGCCCCUUCAUCUUCUUUACAGUCGCCGCCAUGAACCCAUCCAAGGUUAUAUUCCAGCCAAGUUUCUUUAAUGACAGUUCAUCGCUCGAGUCGUGACUUUACUGAGGUUGAGCCAGGCCAUAUUGUCCGCUGGAUUCUAGCUUUUAACACCUUUGUCUCAUUUGGCUGGGUGAAAUUUUUACAAGGCCGUAGCCGCCAAUGUCUCUGCAUACACACACAGGACAGACAUUACGACAAAGCAUGAAAGUCAGAGAAGAGACGACAAAUGAGCUGACUGUCUUUGCUCACUGAAUGGAGAUCAAGAUGGUGAAAUGUGGACAUUUUGGAUGACUUAGCUUAUAUCUUAUGUUUAGUUUUUGUUUUUUGUUUUUUUAUGUGGUGCCAACAUAGACUAGAAAAGUAGUUUUUGUCAAUGAACCUCACACAUCUUGUACACAUAACCGGGAGCAUUUAGCAAAUGUGGACCCCUGGCUUGUUUUAAUGAUCUAUACUGUGCGUUUGUGUGGGGGUGGGGGUGGGGGGGUACGUGGGUGCAUGAUUGCAUCUGUCCAUGUGUGAAUAUGUGAGUAUGUGUGUGUAUGCGUGUAUGCGUUUCUGUAUGCGUGAGUGGGUAGGAACAUCCAGAGAUACACUGUGAAAUAAGUCAUAUCCAAUGCAUUAUUCAUACUCUUGUAUAUUUUUGGGACACGCCCAGACCAGAGCUCACCAUCUGGCAAAAGGAAGCAUUUGGGAUUUUACAGAUGUUGGAUCUCAUUUUAAUCCUGGGUUCGCCUUUUCCUUUUUUCCUUCUUGUCUUUUCUUUAGUACAUAGAGAUAUUUAUAUGGGAGAUAAAAUAUAAUUGAAACUGAAAUUGAAACAGUAUGUCACAUAAGUUAAAUUCUGUAAUUAAAAUCAAUUUAUGUGUGAUUAAAUGUAUUUCCGAA